GGUAUCCGUACGCCGCCGUGGCGGAGCUGGCGUUCGGGCAGCACGCCAGGCGGCUGGUGACGUUCCUCAUUGACGCCACGGUCUUCAGCGCUGGCGUGCCCAACUUUAUAGUCGCAUCCCAAAGUAUGCAGCUCUUCUGGUGGAAGAUCACCGGGGGCGAGAUCGGCAUCUCCUACUGCGUGUGGAUGAUCAUCAUAGGGCUCCUGCUCUGCCCAGUCAUGUGGCUCGGCUCUCCUAAGGACAUGAAAUCGCUAGCUGUCACAUCCGUGGGCAUCGUGUCGACGGUCGCCCUCUGCGUGUGGACCUGCAUCUUGCUGGACAACUCGUCGCCGCCCAGCGCUGGUCUGCUGGACCAGCCCCAGCUCCAAGACCUGGUUGUUGCUUAUGGCAUCAUAGCUUUUCAGUUCGACAUCCACCCGAUGCUGCUGACCAUCCAAGUGGACAUGAAAGACAGCCGUAAGAUCAACCGCGCGGUGCUCUGCGGGUUCGCCUUCACCGGAGCCCUGUUCGCGGUCACGUCCGCGCUCGCCGCGUACCGUUACGGGAGUGCCGUGGAGAGCAACAUACUGCAAGGGAUCCCGCCAUCCAUAGCCCUGUUCGUGGUCGCGCUGCUAGUGACGCUCCAACUCUGUCUCUCCAGCGCCGUCGGCAACUCCGCGCUCUUCCAGCACGUCGAGGAUCUGCUGCACAUACCCAGAGAUUUCAGCUGCCAACGCUGUAUCCUCCGCUCCAGCAUCGUCGCACUGGCCGUUUUCCUCGGCGAGAGCGUGCCGCGCUUCGAUGUAGUCAUGGGACUAGUUGGAUCCACGCUAACCGGCCCGCUAAUGUUCAUAUUCCCACCUCUCUUCUUCUUGAAGCUGUGCCACGCGAAAUCUAACCUCAAAGAUCUCAAAGAACAAAAUGGCGGAAUCAAAAAUGGCGACGCUUUCCCGCUCAUCAUCCACAACGCUUUAGAAACUCAGUACAAAACCUUUGUUGAGUCGCAUGACGAGUUUUAUUCCAAAGUGGAACAGUAUCAGAUUAAGUGGUACGAUAUAUUUCUGGCUGUGCUAGUAAUGUCGAUGGGGUUGGUGGCGACAGUGGUCUCGACAUAUUCGAGCUGGUCGGACGCUGUGAGAUCCGCGACGUUUUCGACGCCAUGCUUGUAUAACGCGACUGCGGCCGCGAGAAGCUUUUUCGAGGCGACUACGAAAAUAUAAGGAGUGAUCU